AUGGCUCUUACUAUCGCUCAACUUUGUCGUGGCAAUGAAACAUUGCCAUUACUUGCUCAGGACCCAGAGUAUACAGAGGUCGCAGAAGAUAUCCUGACCAAGAAGGGAUUCAAAAUUGUUGGGACUCACGGUGCAGGAGGAUUCGCGGAAAUCGACGAGGACUCGAUCAUAAUAUCGCCCUUUGCUGCCGCCCCAGUCAAGCAGAUUAUCGCCGAUCUUGCUCGGCCUGUGCUCAUUAUUUCCACCGGCUUUGACGUCUUCAAUAGCAAUGAGUAA